AUGCGCGCAGUCGCGCCACGGCUGCUGCGUACACGAUCCGCUGCUGUCGCUGCUACUCUCCCAAAGCAGUCGCUCACCAGCGCACGCAGUCCUGUCGCCACCUCAGUAGCAUCAUCUUCACGAAACAUCUUCUCAUCGGCCACUCGUCUCAACAGCGCCACUUCAAGCACCGCAUCGGCAGCCAAAACUGUUUCUGGCCAAGACCUCUCGAUCGCACUCGACGACAAUGGGCAAAUCCCCUCCGCACCCUACUCGCCUUUGCCACUCGCAGGCACUUCGCCCUCGUACAAGGUCCAUCUCAUUGUGCAUCCUUACGAUCAGACUAGACCCGUAGAAUCGUGGCCAUCACACCUCGAGUCCGUGUCACCCUUCCUCUCAGAGCUCGAAAGCCGCGCCAAGAAAGGCGGCAGCCUCGAAGGCUAUGGCAUCUCCUUCUCCGCCGGUGACGGCCGCUCCAGCAAAGACGCCGCAUUGAAGCCAUGGGACCCCACAACAUCCCGCAUGAUGCGAAGCGUUCUCAACUCUGCUCAGGAACAGGAGCAGUUCAUCGUGUACGCUUACACCACCAACGGCACCAUGGCCAAGGUUGGCCCUGUCUCGCUUGCCAGCCUCGACUCUGACUCUUCCUUCCGCCAACGCAUCGACGACGCUCUCGCCUCUGCAAAGCCUCAGACAGGUCGAGCUACACCGGACGACGAGACGCAUGUUUACGUCUGCACCCACGGCGCCCGUGACUGCCGAUGUGGUGUCGCCGGAACUGCCGUCUACGAGUCUUUGAAGAACGAGGUUCGCUCCCACCAAGCUUCCACCAUCAAGAGUGGCAACGACGCGCCAAAGAAGGUCAAGGUCUACCCUGUCAGCCAUGUUGGUGGUCAUGCCUGGGCAGCCAACGCUCUCGUCUACCCACACGGCGACUGGUACGGCAACUUGAGGGUGACCGACUCGAAACUCGUCCUGCGUGCUGCGCUUUCGCCCGCAAGCUCGGUGCACGAUCUCGAGGAUAUGCGCGAGAGACUCGUACACUGGCCAAGGUGGCGAGGCAGGCUGGGUCUCAGCAAGGCAGCUCAGCGCGAUCACUACGCCGAAUGGGGACCUCCAACCAUCAAUGCGGCACACAUCACACCCAGAAGCAGAGGUCUUGCCACUUUGACGCCGUCCCGACCAAGUCUGGCUAACAUCUCAACCCCCACGCCCGCCAGCGCUUCCAUUGCGAGGACCUAUGCCACCGAUGCAUCCGACAGCAACAAGAAGCCUCCGUCCGCACGAAUGAACGCCUUCCGAGAGAAGCUCGCAGCUGAUCUUUCUAUCGACGACUUUGCCGCUGGCGACGUCGAUUCCAUCAUCACCUCGUCCUCUUCCUCCCCCACCGGUCGAGUGCAGAUGGGCCGCACAGGCGAAGCGCGUCUUCCAUCGCAUCUCAAGACCAAGAUCCCUACUGGCGCCAACUAUACCCGCAUCAAAUCCGAUCUUCGCGGUCUCGGCCUGUCGACCGUGUGCGAAGAAGCAAGAUGUCCCAACAUUGGCGAGUGCUGGGGUGGAUCUGGUGGCAAAGACACUGCCACCGCGACCAUCAUGAUCAUGGGUGAUACGUGUACAAGAGGAUGUCGGUUCUGCGCCGUCAAGACGUCUCGCGCACCGGCACCGUUGGAUCCGCACGAACCGGAAAACACUGCCGAGGCCAUCUCACGCUGGGGUCUUGGAUACAUCGUGCUGACGUCCGUGGAUCGGGACGAUAUUGCGGAUGGAGGUGCCAGCCAUAUCGCUAGUACGAUCAGCAAGAUCAAGUACAAGUCGCCCAAGAUCUUGGUCGAAGCGCUGGUGCCGGAUUUUGCGGGGGAUAUGGAGUGUGUUGAUCUGGUCGCCAAUUCGGGCUUGGAUGUGUUUGCGCAUAAUGUCGAGACGGUGGAGAGGACGACUCCGUUCGUUAGGGAUAGACGGGCCAAGUAUAGGCAGAGUCUGGCAGUCCUCAAACGGGCUAGGGAGAGCAAGCCGGGUCUCAUCACCAAGACUUCCAUCAUGCUGGGAUGUGGAGAGCAAGACGCGGAGGUAGAGCAGACGCUCAAGGAUCUGCGAGAGGCAGGCGUGGAUGUGGUCACCUUCGGUCAGUAUAUGCGACCCACCAAGAGACACAUGAAGGUCGAGCAGUACGUCAGUCCGGACAAGUUCAAAUUCUGGGAAGAACGCGCCAAGGAGGAAGGUUUCUUGUACGUGGCGAGUGGGCCGUUGGUCAGGAGCUCGUACAAGGCGGGCGAGUUUUUCAUCAAGAACGUGCUCGAGCAGAGGAGGAACAAGGACGUAGGGGUGUUGCAGCAGGGCGAAGGGAAGGAGAUGCUGGUGGAGGAUGUUCAGCGAAGUUGA